UUUAUGAAAAUUAAAUAUCCAGGCUGUUAUAUUGUUGCGCAUGCUCAAUGACAGCUGGCAGUGACAGAUCUACAACAUCAGGGGAUUGCACUGUUACACGUUUAGUUCGUUAACGUUAAGUGGAUCAAGUAAUUUGUGGAGUAACUUCGAUAUCGAAAGAGAUUAAGAAUGGGAAAGAAGAAAGCAGGGAAAAGUGAACGGUAUGUGAAUCGGGGGAAAGAUACUCGACACAAGAUGAAGGGCAAGUCAUUGGAGACCUUCACUGAGGAGAUGCAUAGCGCCUUGCAAGCUAGUGAGGAGCCAGCCGUAGAGGGAGCAGGGGUGGUGAAGCUGCCAUGCCCCUUGGCAAUGUGGGACCUGGGCCACUGCGAUCCAAAGCGCUGUACUGGCAGAAAGCUGGUACGCAAAGGCCUAGUGCGUGGGUUGCGUAUUAACCAGCGCUUCAAUGGCCUAAUCCUCAGCCCCAUGGGGACCAGAUAUGUCACCCCUGCAGACCGGGAGAUUGUUGCUCGGAGUGGCGUAGCUGUGAUCGACUGUUCAUGGGCACGGCUGGAGGACACACCCUUCAACAAGAUGAUUGGCUCUCACCCACGACUGUUGCCUUACCUAGUUGCAGCCAAUCCCGUCAACUAUGGUAAACCCUGCCGGCUGUCCUGCGUAGAGGCUUAUGCUGCCACUUUUUGUAUUGUAGGUUUUCGGGACCUGGCAGUGAUACUUCUCAAAAAGUUUAAAUGGGGACAUGGUUUCCUGGAACUCAACCAUACCCUGCUGGAAGGCUAUGCCGCUAGCCAGUCAGAAAAGGAGUUGCUGGCUGUGGAAAAAGACUAUCUGAACUCCGCCCCUCAGGAGGAGGAACUAGAUCCCUUUGAUGUAGACUCAGGCAGAACGUGUAUGAAUCUGAACAGACCCAUGAGGGAAGAUGAUGAUGAGAAUGACAGCGAUGAAGCCAAGACAUCUGAAGAAGAAAAGGAAGAAGAAGAAGAAAGGGAAGAAGAGGUAGAAGGGAGUGGAGCAAUGGCCGCAGAGGGUGCAGAAGACAGUGAUGAAGAGGCGUCCUGAUCUUCAGAUUGUCUGUUUCUAACCCAAAUCACACAGAAGUCAUCAGACAUGGUUGAGUUCAGGGCCUAUCCUUCUGAAAGAAGGACCUGUGGACUAAUAAUGACAAUUCAGUGUAUAGUUUCAGCGAUGCCAAGCCCUGUCAACUUUGGCUCUGUACUAAAUAAUGGGCAACAAUGUUGUCAUGGUGAUUGAUGCACUUACAGUGUGCCCCACUUAGGUGAGCAGUGAAAAGUGACUGAAACAAUCUUGUGCCUCAGGUCUUUCAUAUUGGUUGAAGUGCUUGUUGAAAGAAGUGAGUAGUGUGUGAGUCUGUGCUAAUACAUCAUUUUAAAUGUGAUUAUGAUUUGUGGACAUGGGUUUUGCAUUUAAUGCCCCCUUCAGGUCUGCAAGUAGUAUGACAGGCAGACACCAUUUUACAUUUAGAGCUGUCUCUCCAAAAUUGUGUCUCCUUUUUCUGCUAUAUACAUAAUAUAACAAUUGAACUAUGUAUAAUAAAAAUAUAUGUAGAGUUGAA